AACUGAAGUAAAUUGCAUUGACCAAGUGAUGCAUCCAUUUAAACCUCUAUGGUCUCUUCAUUACCCCAAAUUUAAUGUCCUAACUUAAAAGCAAGCUAGCAAGAAAUUACCUGCACAAAAUCAUAACGUCAGUUUCCUCACACUUUCUUUCUCCUCCUCUUUUAGUUGGUAAUCCAAUUGAGAAGAAAUUGGCUCAAUUUCCUUUACUCUCUGUCUGUAUAAUAAUCUCAAUUUGGUUGUUGUAACUGGCACCUCUCUCUGUUUUCUGUAAUUUAGUCAGUAAAUUUCUUACCUACAGAAAAGACCAUUUCUUUCCGUAUUGUCUUUUCCAUCUAUCUAUCACAUUACUUUUCUUAUUUUUCUUUAUACAUCAUCACACCCAUUUCUCAACAAUCUCCUUCUUCAUCAUCAUCAUUCACCUUAAGAACACAAGUUUUGCAUUCUCUGUUUUUUCUUUUGUUCUGCUUCUACCCAACUUUCUGUAGCAAGGAAUUUACAGAGAGAGUGGGAGAAAAAAAUGACAGGAGGUGGGAAGAUUGAAGAUUUUUCACCACACCCAGUGAAAGAACAAUUGCCUGGAAUUGAGUAUUGUGUCACUAGUCAUCCUUGUUGGCCGGAAGCUAUAAUCUUGGGAUUUCAGCAUUAUUUAGUAAUACUUGGCAUCACAGUUCUCAUCCCCAGCUUCCUUGUCCCUCAAAUGGGUGGUGGUGAUGUUGAGAAAGCAAUUGUGAUACAGACUUUACUCUUUGCGGCUGGAGUGAACACACUUCUGCAAACUUGGUUUGGUACCCGGCUUCCUGCAGUAAUUGGGGGUUCUUUCACUUACAUACUUCCAACGAUUAUUAUUAUCAACUCGCCUAGAUAUCAAGGGAUUGUAGAUCCUCGCCAGAGAUUUAUUCAGACCAUGAGAGGAGUACAAGGUGCCCUCAUAAUUGCAUCAUUUUUCCAGAUAGUUGUUGGAUUCUUAGGAUUUUGGAGAAUUGUCGUCAGGUUUUUAAGUCCUCUAUCAGCGGUUCCGCUUGUGACUCUUGCCGGUCUUGGGCUAUAUACAAUUGGUUUCCCACUGUUGGCGAGAUGUAUGGAACUUGGGCUUCCCGCCCUGGUUUUGCUGGUCUUAGUUUCCCAGUAUGGCCCUCGUACAUUACUCUCGAAGAGAGUCAUCUUCGACCGCUUUGCAGUGAUUAUAGUGCUGGCAAUCAUAUGGCUUCUUGCAUUAAUUCUAACAGUAAGUGGUGCAUACAAGCAUGCAUCUCCAACAAGGCAGUUUACUUGUCGUACUGACGGUUCAGGACUCCUCAGUGCUGCUCCAUGGAUAAGAUUUCCUUUACCAUUACAAUGGGGAAAGCCAACAUUUCAAGCUGGAGAAAUUUUUGCAAUGAUGGCCGCGUCUUUUGCUGCUCUUAUUGAAUCUACAGGUACAUUUAUUGCAGUGUCAAGAUAUGGGAGUGCAACACCUAUACCACCUUCUAUUCUUAGUCGUGGAGUUGGCUGGCAGGGAAUCGGGAUUCUAAUAAGUGGGUUGCUUGGCACAUUGACUGGUUCUUCAGCAUCAGUUGAGAAUGCAGGUCUUUUGGCAUUGACACGAGUUGGCAGUCGAAGAGUCGUUCAGAUAUCUGCGUUCUUUAUGCUCUUCUUUUCUAUAUUAGGCAAGUUUGGAGCACUCUUCGCUUCUAUCCCAAUGCCAAUAAUUGCAGCCUUCUACUGCGUUUUAUUCGCCUAUGUUGCUUCUGCAGGUAUUGGAUUUUUACAGUUCUGCAAUCUCAAUAGUUUCCGGACAAAGUUCAUUCUAGGCUUCUCUAUCUUCAUGGGCUUUUCAGUACCACAAUACUUCAACCAAACUCUCGUGCUUACUGGUCAUGGUCCUGUUAACACUAACUCCAUUUCGUUCAAUGUUAUCCUGAAUGUGAUCUUCUCAUCCCAUGCAACGGUGGCCGCCAUAACUGCUUAUUUCUUGGACUGCACGCUCUACCGCAAGGACAGUGCUGUGCGCAGAGAUUGUGGUUUGGUUUGGUGGGAUAAGUUCAGAUACUAUGAAAGAGAUACUAGAAGCGAGGAAUUUUAUUCACUUCCUUACAAUCUCGGCAAACAUUUCCCAUCAUUCUAGCCGUAAUACUUCCAUUUUCAUCCAACUACCUCGGUUAAUUGCUCAUCCAUCCGCCUAAUACCAUAGUGUGUAGCUCUAUAUAUUGUUCAUAUUGAAAGACCAAUCUAUAUAGCGAGCAACUUUUGGACUUUGGAUCCCGGCGGGCCUUGUCAAAAUUAAAAAAAAAAAAACUUUUGGACUUUGGACAAUCUCUGUCAGAUUCCAAGAGGCGACAGAAGUUCUGUCAACAAAUUUGGCAUAUAAGAUCAAAACCUUGUUUGAUUUUUUUUUUGCUGUAUGCUAGUGUGAUAACAAACUUUCAAUACCUGAAUGAUAAUACAAAUGUCUUCUUCCAGUGGUAGGGUGGUAGUAGUUAAUUCGGUAAGCUGCAAAGUAGUCGUGCACAGUGCUGAUAGCUGUAGGCCUAAUGGCUGUAAAAAAAAAAAAAAAAAAACAA